AUUCUGGAGUCCAGAGCCACUGCCUUUGCUGUUGCUGCCGCCGGCCACCACGUCUCCUUCUCUGCCUUUGACCCACCCUCUGACUGCUCCCCCACCCAGCUGCCCCUCCCACCUGGCCAUGACCACAGCGCCCCCUGGGACCCUGGCCCAGCUCUGAGCCCUGGGACCCUCGUCCCCUCCCUUGGGCCAUGGCCAACUCAGGCCUCCAGCUCCUGGGCUACUUCCUGGCUCUGGGUGGCUGGGUGGGCAUCAUUGCCAGCACAGCCCUGCCGCAGUGGAAACAGUCCUCCUACGCCGGCGACGCCAUCAUCACCGCUGUGGGCCUCUAUGAAGGGCUCUGGAUGUCCUGCGCCUCCCAGAGCACUGGUCAGGUGCAAUGCAAGCUCUAUGACUCCCUGCUCGCCCUGGAUGGUCACAUUCAGUCAGCUCGAGCCCUGAUGGUGGUGGCUGUGCUCCUGGGCUUUGUGGCUAUGGUCCUCAGCGUCGUAGGCAUGAAGUGCACAAGGGUCGGAGACAGCAACCCCAUUGCCAAAGGCCGCGUGGCCAUCUCUGGUGGUGCCCUCUUCCUCCUGGCUGGCCUCUGUACUUUGACUGCUGUCUCCUGGUAUGCCACCCUGGUGACCCAGGAAUUCUUCAACCCGAGCACACCUGUCAAUGCCAGGUACGAAUUUGGCCCAGCCCUGUUUGUGGGCUGGGCCUCAGCUGGCCUGGCCAUGCUGGGGGGUUCUUUCCUCUGCUGCACAUGUCCGGAGCCCGAGAGAGUCAACAGCAGUCCGCAGCCCUACCGGCCUGGACCUUCCACUGCUGCCCGCGAACCCGUUGUUAAAUUGCCCGCCUCUGCCAAGGGCCCCCUGGGUGUGUAAUGUCCAGUCCCCAGCCAGCCUCU